AUGGAAUGUACUGGUGAUUGUGCUAGUGCUAGUGGUUGUGGUGAUGGCUUUGGCUUUGCAUUUAACCAAAAAUUGUUGAUCCAAGUUAAUUUCAAUAAUAACAAAGAGGAUAAAGUACAAUACAUAUACAUAUCCUGCCCCACACGCAUAUUCAAGGAUCAUUGUAUUUUUGAGAUUGGAUAUUCUCUGAAGUGCACCUGCUCCAUUAGUUACAAGUGGUCUUUAGCUAAUUUAAGUGUACCAUUUAAGUGGGAAAGUAGUCAUAAUCAGCUAUUGUCGCAUAUUUAUACACUCAAAAAUGUUUAUUUCAACAUUUUACAAUGUUUGCUUAGUAGCACUCAAAGCGAAAAGAAAGUGCUAGAGUUGGAAAGCGCUUUACCAUGGGGCUUUCAAAGCAUCACUCACAAAAUGCUGCAGCAACAACAACAACAGCGGCAUUCUCUCAACUCUUUGUACGACAAUCUUCUGCAAAGGGAGUACAUUGGUGCCAUAGCAUUUCCCAAUCAUCAGGUAGAGCGUAAGGCCCAAAGAUCUCCCUCGCUGAGAUUACGUUUUGGCCGCCGCAGCGACCCCGACAUGCUAACGCAAUUGCCCGAGAAGCGUUGGUUUGGCGAUGUCAAUCAAAAACCAAUUAGAUCACCUUCAUUACGUCUACGUUUCGGACGACGCAGUGAUCCCUCAAUGCCUAUGCACAGUCCCUUCGACAUGCUAAUGAAUGCUCGUCAAACUCCCGAAACCUCCGAAGAUUAUAAUGACAUUUUUGGGAACUAUUACGAACGUGUGGUUCGCAAACCCCAACGUUUACGAUUUGGUCGUAGCCUACCUUACCAAUCGGCUAUGCCUGCACCACAAUCAAGUGAAAAUAAUUUGGAGGCGGAUACUGAGGAAGGUGCUAAUGUUGAUGCUGGUGAUGCGGGUAUCUCUAAUUUGGAUGAUGAACUUUAUAAUUCUUUGAUGCAUUCACAAAAGUUACGCAAUCUCUUGUUGAGUUUGAGGCAAUUUGGCAAUCAGGAGGGCAAUAGCAAUAAUAACAACAACAACGAUGAGUCUUCAACAUCUGUGGAAAAUGAUAUGGAUGAAUUUGAGAGAGCCAUUCGUAAGCCAGCUCCUUUGCGAUUACGUUGGGGUCGCAGCACUGGUGGACGUAGUACACAAGCCUUGAGUGAAGACAAAAACAAAAUGGAAUUGGAACAAAAGAAAAAUAUCUCACCCAUAACCAAUACUGUUGAGAAAACCGAAAUUCACCAAAACAAAGACUAGAUGCGUUACACCUCAUGGAGAGCCACAAAGAUGACUGGAAGAAUGAAUGCUUGAAGGGAAAAAGAUUUGAUGAAAGAUACAUGGAAUGACUUAUAUAGAGCAAAAAAUACAAAGUUUAUUGUAUGUAUAAAACAAAACAAAAAAAAAAAACAAAACAAAAUACAAAAGGACAAACUCUUUUUUGGAAAAAUAUUAAUCAAACUUAUAGAAGGACAAAAGCAAACUAAACCAAAUAUUUAUGCAAAAUAACUAAAACUUUUAAAUAUUCAAAACAAAAAACCCAAAAAAAAAAACUUCUUAAAGCAUAUACACAAAUAUAUACAAAACAACAAUUAUACUAAAUGGGAAACACAAACAAAGUCCAUAAACUUUAACAUAAAAAAAACAACAAAAAUUUUUGAUAUUCUGGCAGAAAUUUAAAAAUAAUUUUUAUUUCUUUUGUUUAAAAAAAAUUUUUAAUUUUCUUAAAACAACUAUUGUAUAUAAAGCCCCCAGAAUUUCAUUUUGUUUUUUUUUCUUUCAUUUUAGUAUAUAAGCUAAAAAGCAGUAUUAAAAAGUCUGCUAGCAUGACAAAGAAGUAAACAAUUAAAAAAAAAACAAAAAAAAAUGUUGGCCCCUGUUAAGAAAGUGGAAAAAGAUUAUGAAACCGAAGCCCCUCCCCCUUCUACUCUUUACCCUUUACACCUCCAAAAAAAACAAAGCAUUUAAAAGAAAACUCUUCUCCCUCUGUACUUAGGAGAAGCUCCGCUGAAACUCCAUUUUUAAAUUCGUGCUGCAAAAAUCUAAAAUUUUUAAACUUAUUACAUAAAAAAAUGGAAAACAAAAUUUUUCUUAAAACAACAAACAAGCCUAAAAAAAACUCUAAAAAUAAUAAAAAAAAAUAUAAAAAAUAUUUAUAUAUAUUUUUUUUUAAUUUACACCAUCAUUAUAUAAUAUGAAAAAAUUAACCAACCAAUCUAUAAUAAAAAAAAAUCUAUAUGAACUAAACAACUAUUCAAAUAUUUGUAACGUAUUAUUCUAUUUAAACGUAACCAAUAAAAAUUGUCUGUUAUCUAAAUUUGAAAAAAUUCAACAAAAAACCCAAAUUUAUGUUGUUUUGAUUGAGAGUUUAAAGAAUCGGAAAAUAAACAAAAUUUUAAAAUUAUAUUCCCCUUUACCUACCUUCUCCCAAUCCCAAGAAGUUAAAGCAACCUCAUCUUCUCCCUUUAACCUACAAACUUUAAUUAUUAUAAUGAGAUAUGUAAAUGUAAAUAGCAGAGAUCCUUAUUCAAAAUCAACAAUCAACACCCAUACAUUCAUAUACCAAAGAAUGAUAAACAUGCAAACACACACAAACACCCAUACACCCAUACACCAGCAGAGAAACUCGUAUAUGUAUAAAACUACCCAAAGAACUCAAACUCAAAAAUAUAUUGAAUAAAAAAUAAAUAAAUAAAUUAUUAUUAUAUAGAAAUUGAGAUUGAAUUUAAAACUUUAAUUUUGAAAAACUUAAAUAAAAAAACAAACUUAACAAAACAGUA